AUGGAUCAAAGUAUCAUCAUUAUACACCCAAACUCAAACUAUCUCGUAUGCAAAGAUAAUUUAUUAUAUAUUUCUGUAAGACAGUUUUUGCUGGAAAUUGCUGCUGUAUACUUGGAUCGUGGGAAGCCAGGCCAACUUAAGUAUCUAGCCGAGAUAACAAAAGUCAAUAUUAUUAUACCCGGUCUUGGAAAGACUUCGACAAAAUUUGGUUUCUGCGUUUACGCAAAUCUUGGUUUAUCUGAUUAUCAUUCAUUAAACACAAUCAUCAUCACUAACUAUUCUUUCACUCUAACUUGUAGACGACUGAGUUUUAUUUAA